AUGUUUGACCCCGAACAGCAGGAUUCUUCGCAAUCUGCUUCGUCCCCAAUGGCGCUUGCACGUGGCGCGGCCUGCCUGCCUUGUCGUAGGCGCAAAAUGCGGUGCGACGGCAAGAAGCCCGUUUGUAGUCCUUGCAUUGCCAAGGAUCGUCAAGAGGACUGCGAGUAUACCGGCGAUAUACAAGGCCUAACGAAGACUCAGCUUCUAGAGGAAAAUAUCUCCCUCCUCGAGGCUCGCAUCAGCGAGCUCGAGAACCCGUCCGAGGCGACUUCCGUCAAGCUGCGCGAUGUCCCUGGGCCCAGCGCUGUACCUCUAACUUUGAUGAUUCCCGGUUCAUCAAAUGUCGCGCCUUCCGGACCCGCCCCUGGGCCAUCAGCUGUGCCCGCGUCUGCGUCUGUCUCGGAGCCGACAGUUCAGGAUGUACAUAAUAUGAUAAAUAACUUCAUACCCUGUGCCUCCAAGGUUGGAUUCUUCCUCAAUACCACCCGCUUUAUUCAGCUUGCCUACCUGCCGGUCGACCAACGUGACCCGCUUACCGACUCGCUCGUGUCCGCGGUAUGCCUCUGGGGCAGCCGCCUGUCCAGAGACACGCCGUUGCACGCCUUUGAGGAACACCUCUUGACGAAAGCCGUGCAAGGCGUCUCCACCUCGCUGUUCCUCGCGAACUCCGGCGACCGCGGCCAUGCCAUCCUCAGAGUGAUACAGGCAGACUUGUCUGGCAUAUCUGCGCCAGAUGCAUGA